AUGCCGGAAGACAAAGAUAGUCCAAAGAAGGAUGACAAAAAAGACGAAUCGUCACCCGAUGGGGAACAACUUGCGUCUCCGUCAAAAACUUCUUUGACUUCGUGUCCUCCGCUGUUUCCUCGGCCUGACAUUAAGUGUAUUGACGAUUUGUACGCCGAUGGUCGGGCUACUUCGAAAGUGCUGAUGUAUUUAAUGGACAAUCGGGAUCGCGAUAGAGUGAUGUUAUGGAUAAACAAACUGGACCAGAUGACCGACGAGGCAGGUCAACUGGAACGUUUGCUCUACAUCAAGUACCUGGUGGAUAUGCUGAGCGGACUUAACGGUCUGACCGAACCUUUUACCAUGACGCCGCCAGAAACGUUGAAACCCCUGCGAAAUAUUUUGCCGCCAAUUGUGUUCGCCGACCUGAUCGACGAGGACAGUACACAUUGUCGAGCAGAACGAUCCAGGUGCUCAACCAGCAGAGCGCCAAUAAUAAAUCAACCCGACCGAGAUUUCUACUACCAGCAAUUGUUUCCACCCGAAGGAUUGUUUUGUUACGCCGCCGCGUUUAGUGCAGACGAUUGA